AUGGGUUUCAACGGAAUGGAUUACCCUUCCAAAAAGGCUAAACGCUUACCUAGCAAUAUUGAUGACCUUGCCGACGACUGUUUGGCUUCCGUUUUCCGGUUACUUGGCACCGCCGAUCGCAACAGUUGUUCGCUUGUGUGUCGGCGGUGGUUGAAGGUGGACGGAGACAAUCGUCACUCUCUCUCCCUCACCGCCGAAUCAGAUCUCUCUGACUUCAUCCCCUCUCUUUUCCUUCGCUUCAAUAACGUCACCGAACUCAGUCUCAGACAUUUCGGCUACCAAGACGAGACCAUCAGCGCCAUAACUCUCAUCCGUAUCUCCCAACUCUGCCGUAAUCUCACGCGCCUCCAAGUCCAGGCCCCCUGCUUUCUCACCGACAAAGACCUCGAAAUCCUCGCCAUGAAUUGCAAGGCUUUGAAGAAGUUCCAGUUAAGGUCCAACUUGGGAGGCGGAGGCAUGCACGCAUUUAUGGAUCAUUGGAAGGAUCUAGAAGACCUCUCCCUCGACGGUUUUCAUGGAACAGAAAACGCGUGGAGUGUUGCACCGCCAAAGCCGAAACUCAAAGUCAUUACUCUCAAGGACACCGUUUUAUUCUAUCCUUUUCUCGGCGCCAAGAAUCUGCGGGUAUUGAAGCUUGUCCGGUGCAACGGGGACUUGGAUAGGAUUUUUCAUGUGUUGACGAAUGAGGUUACUGGCAUAGUGGAACUCCACCUCGUCAUGCUCGAAAUCAGCGAUAUUGGUUUGGAAGCGUUUGCAAAAUGUUCGAAUUUAGAAGUUCUCCAUCUGAUAAGGACACCCAAGUGCAGUGACAAAGGACUGGUUGCAGUUGCGAAGGGUUGCAACAGGAGUUUAAGAAAACUUCGUGUUGGGUGGGACAUGGAGGAAAUAGGUAGCAGAGGUUUGAUGGGUGUUGCUGAGUAUUGCGUAAAUGUUGAGCAACUGGUCCUGAUUGGCGUGAAUCCGAGCAAAGAGUGUUUGGAAAUGUUGGUUUCGAAUUGCAAGGGUUUGGAGCAAUUGGCGGUGUGUGGAAGUGAGACGGUUGGUGACAGUGAGAUGAAAUGCAUGGCGGAGAAAUGUGGAGCACUGAGAGAAGUGUACAUGGAGGGUUGCCCUAUUUCUGAUGAGGGAUUGUCGGCGUUGGUGUUGGGUGGUGGGUGUGCGAAGUUGGAGAUAGUGAAGGUUUGGAAGUGUGAAAGGGUGAGAGACAGGGAUGAGCAUCACGCCCAAUGUGGGCACCGAACAGUGCGUCUACAUUGCAGCCUCCAAGACUCGCACACACCCAGCCCUAUUAUACCUGAUCCAUUUGAAGAGGCCACCCAAACACCACUUUCUUUCAUUCAUUCAUGA